AUGCCAGGCACCCUUGCACUCGCCGAGUAUCUCUUCAAGCGUCUCCGCCAAUUGGGUGUGGAUUCCAUCCACGGCGUCCCCGGCGACUACAAUCUCGAUCUGCUUGACUACGUCGAGCCGGCCGGGCUGAUCUGGGUGGGCAGCGUCAACGAGCUGAACGCCGGGUAUGCGGCGGAUGGUUACGCGCGUAUCAAAGGCCUCGGAGCCAUCAUCACUACGUUCGGCGUAGGAGAGCUGUCCGCAAUCAACGCUAUUGCCGGAGCGUACGCCGAGCGUGCGCCUGUUGUCCACAUCGUCGGGAGCCCGAGGAGAGCCACUCAAGAGGGAAGACUUUUGGUGCACCACACGUUCAACGAUGGCGACUAUCGGCGUUUUGGCGAGAUGCACUCUCACGUCACAGUAGCGCAGGCCAGCCUGAGAGACCCCCGGACGAGUCCCGAGCAAAUCGACAAUGUGUUGAAGCAGUGCUUGCUACACAGCAGGCCGGUGUAUAUUGAGGUUCCCGUGGAUCUGGUUGCAGCGCCGGUUUCUGCAGCAAGCCUCGAGCGCGACAUUCGUGUGCCGGAUGCGGUGCCCGGUCCGGCCUUGGAUGAGGCGUUGGCGAAGGUGCUGGAUAGAAUCUAUGCCGCGAAGCAACCAGUCAUCCUUGUCGAUGGAGAGUGUCGGGCUCUCGGCAUUGUCGACGACGUGCAGGCCCUCAUCAAAAGCACCAAUUGGCCUACAUGGACAACAGCCUACGGUAAAGGCCUUUGGGACGAGACCUUACCAAAUUUUCACGGCAUCUACAAAGGCCGGUAUGACGACAAAGCUGUGCAAGACUUCUUCAAUCAAUCAGACCUGGUCUUGUGCUUCGGACCGCACUGGAGCUCGACCAACACCAACGGCUACUCGAGCAUACCAGACGCCAGUGUCAGCAUAUCUUUCACAGACACAGAAAUCAAAACAAAGGACCGUACCUUCCGAGACAUCCCAGCCCGGCAAGCAGCUUCUCAGCUUCUGCAUCUUCUCGACCUCUCCAGGACCCGCCAAUAUGACGCCAACCACUCCGAUGACGGGCUGUCCGCUCUCCGCCGCCACAAUCUCCUCACCUUCUCGGACAUCUCAGAGCACCGCGAACAGCCACUCACACACGACAAGCUCUGGCGCAUCCUCGCCGGCUCCAACUUCCUCCGCCCGCACGACAUCCUCCUCGGCGAGACCGGCACCGCCGGCCACGGCGUCAGGGAGAUGCACCCGCUUCCGCGCGGGUGCCGAUUCUUCGCGCCCGCCACCUGGCUGUCCAUCGGAUACAUGCUGCCUGCGGCGCAAGGCGCGGCGCUGGCGCAGCGGGAGGCACUCGCAUCCUCUCAUGACCAGCAGCAGCAGCCGCAAGGCGGCGGCGGCGGUGGCCGCACGAUCCUCUUCAUCGGCGACGGCAGCCUGCAGAUGACGGUGCAGGAGCUGUCCACCAUUAUCCGGCACGACCUCGACGUUAUCGUCUUCGUCCUCAAUAACGACGGGUAUACGAUCGAGCGGUGUAUCCAUGGCUUGCGCGAGCGGUAUAACGACGUUGGGCGCUGGCGGUACUUGCGUGCGCCGGAGUUCUUUGGUGCUGGCAGCGGAGGGGACGGAGACGGGGACGGCGCCGUUUUCACGGCGUCGGUGAGGACGUGGGGAGAGCUGGAGGCAGUCAUGGCCGAUGAGAGGUUAACGAACGGGAGGGGUCUGCGGAUGGUAGAGCUUGUUUUGGAUCGUGAGGAUGUACCGGAGGGGCCGCUUCGGGAGUUGAUGGAGAAGGAGCGAGCCCGGGUUGCGGGCGCGAAGCAUGCCGUGGGAUCGUAG